UUACAUUAGACCAAGGCCACAUUAGAUCAUACCUAUUUUAGAGUUCAUUUUGCUAGGUUGCUACAAUUUCUUUUUAACAUUGAAUUGUAUUGAAUUGAAAUAAGUGUUUCAUAUAUUUCAAUUUUGAGCCUAAUCAGAAUUAGCUAUGCAUAAUCAGGACUAUUUUGCAACUAGUUUUGCUCAUGAAUACUCAGAAUGACCAGUGUAAUUAAAUAAAGUUCAUUUAACAUGUUGAAUGUUAUACCUGUAUUGAGCGUAUAUGUGGUUGUGUCAUUGGUAAAAUAUCAAGAAAAUGGAAGGAUACCAAUCAUUUCUACAUAUUUGAAUGUUUUGCCUGGACAAGUGUUUGCAGUCAAUCAGAAGAAAACUAGGAAUGCAACCAACUCGGCCACGUGGUGUUCCUUCGAGUACCGCCGGCGGUCGGAGAAAGUCAGUGUUCGCAGAAGCCUAUAAUCCCGAGGAUGAUGACGAUGACGAUACCCAAAAGGUGAUGCACCCCAAGUCCGACAUCCAGCGGGCGCGGCUGGCAGCGGCAGUCAAAAACAUCUUCCUGUUUCGCUCACUGGACGUGUUCCAGAUGCAGGAAGUGCUGGACGCGAUGUUUGAGCGGAAGGUGACGCCCGGAGAAAGUGUCAUCGAACAGGGCGACGAUGGCGACAACUUUUACGUCAUCGAGAGUGGUCAGUACAGCAUUUACGUGCAGCCCGACGGCGCGGCGGCUCCCAAGAAGGUCGGCGGCUACGAUUCGAGCGGCAGUUUCGGGGAGCUGGCACUGAUGUAUAACAUGCCCCGGGCUGCCACUAUCCAGGCUGACACAAAUGGUUCGCUGUGGGCGAUGGACCGACAAACUUUCAGGCGAAUCAUACUCAAAAACGCCUUCAAGAAGCGAAAAAUGUACGAGAAGCUGCUAGAAUCGGUACCAAUGCUGAAAACACUUGAGCCGUACGAGCGGAUGAACUUGGCCGACGCUCUGGUACCCCAGACGUUCAACAACGGUGAGAUCAUCAUCGAGCAGGGCGACGAUGCCGACGGCAUGUACUUCGUCGAGGAGGGUACCGUGCGCAUCAUGCGCGCCGAGCACAACCAGGAGGAGCGUCAGGUGAGCACAGUGACCAAAGGCGGCUACCUGGGUGAGCUGGCUCUGCUGACCAACCGGCCGCGCGCCGCCUCCGCUUACGCUGUCGGAGAAGUGCGGCUCGCCUUCCUCGACCGCGAGGCGUUCGAGCGGCUGCUCGGACCCUGCAUGGACGUGAUGAAGCGAGAGAUGCAACAGUACGAGCAGGAGCUGCGGAAGGUGUUCGGGACGGAUGUCCACAUCGAUGAUCUUAAAUAGCUCCCCUAUCGCUGGGGACUGGAGCAGAAGAUCAAUAAGAGAGCGAAUCCCAGGCGGCGUCAGCCACUGCUCGAGGGCCCAGCACGUGAUCUUUGACGAGCGAACUGAGAGGGCCAAGCUACAUACAUGUUCGUUUAUUAUGAACGUCAUUUACUUGAGCCGAUGACUUCUGAACUCGACUCUGCAGUGGCUCGUAGAAACGCUGCCCCGGCAGAAGCAAUAGCGUCAAGAGCGCGGCUGAGCAGUUCUGAACGAUAUUACUUUGACGGCGCGACCACCGAACAGCUUCAUACCACUGUGUAUUUGAGGCGCAUUUACCAUAAUAAAUUUGUUUUUCAUUCAA